ACCUUGAUUUGAUAGGAAUUUAAUUUAAUUUUUUACUUGAUUUUAAUUAUACAGUGAAUGAUGUCCGAAAAUAUGACACUUCCAUGGCACAUUUCCUUAGAAGAUGCCCCAACCCUAAAAAAAGAUAACUUUCCUUCCGAGACAUCAUUGUUAAAGCACUAUUGCAAAUUAGAUGUACAUCAAAAUCCUUGUGAAGAGUUGCAGACAGGUAUUAUGUGUGACAUUAGUAUCAAUAAUAGAGAACCUGGCAACGUCCAAAGGCUAAUCUCCUCAGGGAUGACAGUCGCUCGCCUCAAUAUGAGAGAUAUGGAACCAAAUGGUUGUACCCAACUAAUUCAGAGCAUUCGACAAGCGGUAUAUAAUUAUAGUGCUGAAUUGCAAUACGUUUAUCCAUUGGCGGUCAUUGUUGAUGUUAGAGGUCCUGAUAUUGUUACUGGUGAUUUAAAAAGCGGUCCACGUACCACCGUUGAACUAUACCAAGGCGGUACUAUACGUUUGACUACUGAUGCUAGCUGGCGCGAAAGCGGUACAGCAGAAUGUCUUUUUGUUGGAUAUGAUCGUCUAACUGAUCUUGCAAAAGGAGAUAAUAUAAUUAUUGAUAGUUUAACUCCAGAUAAGAUAAAGUUGGUGGUUUCCAAAGUGGGUGAUGAUUCUGUGGAAUGCGUAAUUGCAGUAGGAGGAACGAUCGGUGCCAAAAUGACGGUCCGGAUUUCAUCGGCACCACUUGCAAAUUUUGUAACUCAAAACGACAGUCGUGAAUCAAUAGUGUGUGGUGAAUCUAUAGGAGAACAACUAUUCGAACAUAUGGAAGGACAAAUCGCGUGGGCCCUUGCUUCUGACGUUGAUGCGAUUUUAAUUUCUAACGCUCAACAAAGAAACGAUAUAAGACAAGUACGAGAAUUAAUGCAGGAUAAAGGAAAACAUUUACUUUUGUUUGCUUGCAUUGAUACCACUUUAGGAUUAGAUAACAUAGACGAAAUAAUUGAUGAAGCUGACGGAAUUUUCUUAGAUCGAAGCAUUCUCGCCAUAGAUUUGCCAAUAGAGAAAUCAUUUAUCGCACAAAAGGUCAUCCUUGCAAAAUGUAAUAAUAUUGGCAAACCAUGUAUUUGUAAAGCGGUUAUAAACGAGCAAAUUCCUACAUUAUGUGUAACUGAUAUGGCAAAUCUCAUACUGGAUGGUGCAGAUGUCCUUUCUUUAGAGUUUAACUAUGAUUCUCCUUUAAAAAAGUUUGCUGCUUGUUACGAUGCACACCGUAUGGCAGAACACUGCGUCGCAGCUGCGUCUGUUAUUGGUAGACACGCAGAACGUAUAGUGUGGCAACCACGGACUUAUGGAAAUAUCGAACUAAUGCAAAGUCCGCUCAAGGAACCAACUCAAGCAAUCUGCGUAACUGCAGUAGAAUUAGCAGAGCGAUCUAAUGCGUGUGUAAUUAUAUGCUUGACAAAUUCUGGACGAACUGCAAAAAUUAUUUCACACGCUCGACCAUCCUGCCCUGUGGUGGCGGUCACCCGAAUGUGCCACGCUGCUAGGCAGCUACGUUUCUGGCGAGGUGUUCGAUCGGUGCAUUAUUUCGAAACUCCUAAAGAAAACUGGAUAUCUGAAGUAGAUGCUAGACUUCAGGCUGGAUUAAACUAUUGCAAGGCUAAAUGCAUCUUGCGAGGAGGUGACGCUUAUGUUGCAGUUACAGGAUCUCGUCGAGGUGUAGGAUAUUGUGAUUCUGUUAGACUCUUGUACGCAAGUGCCCGUGAUACUGUGUUUGUAGAGUAAAAAGUCGUUGUAAACUGUUUCACAAUCAAUAAAGUACCUAGUUUUUAAAGGUA